GCUCGGAGUCGGAGCCAAUGGAUCGAGUUCGAAACUCGCCGGCGACCGAGUCCGACACGUUUGAAGUUGUCGUUGAUUCCGCUACCAAUGGUUCUCGUCUCACCUACCACGCCUCUAUUCCUGCUCGUAAUGCAGACAAGGGGAGAUUUAAAAGGGAGAAUCUUGUACUUGCAUACAAGACAUUGGGAGUAGUGUUUGGAGGACUUGUUACGUCUCCACUUUAUGUCUACCCUUCUAUGCCACUCAAGUCUCCGACCGAAGAUGACUAUUUGGGAAUUUACAGCAUCAUGUUUUGGACUCUUACCCUUAUUGGGGUUGUUAAAUACGCCGGCAUUGCUCUCAAAGCCGACGAUCAAGGCGAAGGUGGGACAUUUGCCUUGUAUUCAUUACUUUGCAGGAAUAUGGAUAUCGGAAUCCUCUCUUCGAGACCUUCAAAUCCAAACUUUAGUCUUGCAGACACUAUGUUUGAUGAGGCCACUGAAAAGCAGAGCAGGCUUGCAAAGUUUUUCAAGAAAAGUAUAGUUGCUAGGAGGUUACUGCUUUUCAUUGCUAUGUUAGGCAUGUGUAUGGUUAUUGGAGAUGGGAUUCUUACACCUGCAAUAUCUGUUUUGUCAGCAAUCGAUGGAGUAAGGGCACCGUUUCCAUCUGUCAAGUCAUCUAUUGUGGAAGCGCUUUCUGCAGUAGUCCUUAUCAUUCUUUUCUUAUUGCAAAAGUUUGGUACAUCUCGAGUGAGCUUCCUAUUUUCCCCCAUUAUGGGUACAUGGACUUUGACUACCCCACUUGUGGGAAUUUAUAGCAUCAUAAGUCAUUAUCCAGGCAUAUUCAAGGCUAUAUCACCACACUAUAUCUUCCGUUUCUUUUGGAGAAACGGUAAGGAAGGCUGGUUGUUGCUUAGUGGAACUGUCCUUUGCAUCACAGGGUCGGAGGCAAUGUUUGCAGAUCUUGGUCAUUUCAACCGAAGCUCCAUUCAGAUAGCUUUCUUUUGUACAAUCUAUCCUUCUCUGGUUCUGACAUAUGCGGGGCAGACAGCAUACCUGAUCAAGAAUCUAAAUGAUCAUAAUGAUGGAUUCUAUAAGUUUAUACCAACUACUAUCUACUGGCCUAUGUUUGUCAUAUCUACAUUAGCUGCGAUAGUUGCAAGCCAGUCUCUGAUAUCAGCCACGUUUUCUGUAAUCAAGCAAUCCGUAGUACUGGAUUAUUUCCCUCGAGUGAAGGUUGUGCACACAUCCCCUAGCAAAGAAGGCGAGGUUUACUCCCCUGAAGUCAAUUACAUUCUCAUGGUUCUCUGUGUUGCUGUGAUACUUAUAUUUGGAGAUGGAAAAGAUAUUGGAAAUGCAUUUGGUGUUGUUGUCAGCUUAGUCAUGCUGAUCACCACAAUAUUACUAACACUAGUAAUGAUUAUAAUAUGGAGAACACCGCCGGUGCUGGUGGCUCUCUACUUUUCUGUCUUCUUUGUGAUGGAAGGUGUUUAUGUGAGUGCAGUCUUCACCAAGAUCACUGAAGGUGGUUGGAUUCCUUUUGCCAUAUCUUUUAUCCUUGCCUUCAUUAUGUUCGGUUGGUACUAUGGUAGACAAAGGAAGAUAGAAUAUGAGUUGACUCACAAAAUAACCAUAGACAGACUUAGACUGUUAUUAUCUGAUCCCAGUGUUCAAAGGGUUCCUGGAUUCUGCUUCUUUUACACCAACAUUCAAGACGGGCUUACCCCGAUUCUUGGACACUAUAUUAAAAACAUGAAAUCCCUUCACCAGGUCACCAUGUUCACUACUCUCCGAUACCUAUUGGUUCCUAAGGUUGCUCCUCAUGAGAGGAUUGUUGUCAACAAACUUGGCCUGAAAGGAGUUUAUGGGUGUGUUAUUCAGUAUGGCUACGCAGAUCCCUUAAAUCUUGAAGGAGAAGAUUUUGUUAGCCUAGUUACAAAGAGUUUGCUGGCACAUAUACAAGACAGCUCGGGCUGUCUGCCAUCCUCUGAUCCUGCCAUCCAACAAGAGAUAUGUUAUUUGGAAGAAGCAAGGAGUGCAGGAAUCGUUCAUAUUCGCGGAAAGACGAGGUUUCAUGUUGGCAAGAGUUGUGGCUGGUUUGAUAAAAUCAUGCUCGCAUUUUAUGAAGUUCUGCACAGUAACUGUAGGUCUGCUCUGCCUGCUCUCGGGGUGCCACUGCCUCAGCGAAUCGAGGUUGGAAUGCUCUAUGAGGCGUGAAGCAUUAGUUUCAUUUUGCUGCAUGUUACUCUAGCCUGUUAUAGUUCAGGUGAUACAGUAGUAGACUAGAUAUAUGAAAGAAGAUGAAAGCAUUACUUUUCAUUGGGCCUGGCACUCAAAACGUUUACACUCAAAAAAGUUUACACUCAAAAAGUUUAUUAUGCUAACUGGACGGUGAACGAACAAGAUUCGCAAUCGCAUCUGUUAUAAAGUUUGCUUCUCGUCAAACAUGAGCUACAGUUGUUUCUUGAUACUAACACUUUUGUAUGAUUCAUUGAUUCUAUUUACUGACUAUUUAGCUUACAGUAAAAUGGUUCAGUAAUAAUAUGAACAUUAAU